AUGACCUACCGCACUACUCUGGAUGUGCUCUUUAAAUCGUAUCAUUUUGUCCCCAACUACAAAUGUGGUGUUCAGGAAAAUGUAGUAGGAAUCAUCGGAGGAAUGAGCUCUGAUACCUCCUUCCGCAUGGCAGACAUCUUAGGUCUUUACAAGAUUCCACAGAUUUCAUAUGGUUCAUUUGAACUAAGAUUGAAUGAUAAAAUAAAGCAUCCUUCCAUUUACCAUAUGGUUCCCAAUGAAGGCCUUCAGUUUCAGGGAAUUAUCCAGUUACUUCUGCAUUUCAGAUGGAAAUGGGUAGGUCUUGUAGUUGUGGAUGAUGAAGGUGGAGAAAAUUUCUUGCAGACUAUGGAGUCAAUGUUUUUGAAGAAUGGAAUCUGUUCAGCAUUCACAGAAAGAGUUAUAAAAAACAUGAAAUUCUCCCCUAAGCUACCUGACAUUGUGUAUGAUGUGAAGAGUUUCUUGCGGAACAAAGCCAAGCUUCACUCAUUCCUUCGGUUGAUCUCAUUUAACAACACUGCUGGAGAUGAAAUUACAUUAAAUGAACAUGGAGAGCUGGCAUGUGGCUUUGAUAUUACAAACUUGGUCACAUUCCCAAAUAAAUCUUACAUCAGGGUUAAAGUGGGAAGUCUGGGUCCACAGGCUCCUUCUGGCAAAGAGCUCAUCAUUGAUGGGGGCAGAAUCAAAUGGAACAGAGAUCUCGCACAGGUACCACCCCUUUCGGAGUGUAAUUCUCACUGUCCUCCUGGUCAUGGGAAGAAAAAGAAGGAGGGAGUGAAAUUUUGCUGCUACGAUUGUGCUCCAUGUCCAGAAGGGAUGUACUCAAAUGAGAAGGCUCUGGUGCUGGGCAUCUUCAUUAAGCACCAGAACACUGCCAUAGUCAAAGCCAACAACAGAAGUCUAACCUACAUUCUCCUCACCUCCCUCCUCUUGUGUUUCCUCUGCUCUUUGCUGUUCAUCGGAAUGCCCAAUGAGGCAACUUGCCUUCUCCGACAAACAAGUUUUGGCACCAUCUUCUCUGUGGCCCUCUCUAGCAUCCUGGCCAAAACCAUCUCUGUUGUUUUGGCAUUUAUGGCUACCAAACCAGGAUCCAGGAUGAGGAAUUGGAUGGGGAAGAGACUGACUUAUUCCAUUGUCCUUUCAUGCUCCAUUGUUCAAGUAUGGAUCUGCGUUCUCUGGCUGGCAACCUCUCCCCCAUUCCCAGAUUUGGACAUGCACUCAAUGACUGAACAAAUUAUACUGCUAUGUAAUGAAGGAUCCGUCACCAUGUUCUAUUCUGUGCUGGGCUACAUGGGCUUCCUGGCCACUGCCAGCUUGACUGUGGCCUUCCUAGCCAGAAAAUUGCCUGACAGUUUCAAUGAAGCCAAGUUUAUCACCUUCAGCAUGCUGGUAUUUUGCAGUGUUUGGCUGUCCUUUGUUCCAACUUAUUUAAGCACCAGAGGGAAAUACAUGGUGGCAGUGGAGAUUUUCUCGAUCUUGGCUUCCAGUUCUGGUUUACUGACUUGCAUCUUUUCCCCAAAAUGUUACAUAAUUCUGGCAAAGCCUGAGCUCAACAACAGAGAACACCUUAUACGAAGAAAGAAUUAA